AUGAACGUUAUUUUAAUGGUUGCUGCUGUGACAGCUAAUAUAGCAGGGCUGAAGGCUGAGAGAAGAAGCCCUGGAAGCUGUCAGAGAGGAGCCAUGGACACUGUCUCUGAACCGGACCCUGGACUCACUAUGGAACCUGAGGACAAGUCUUUGGACCCGAGGAAGACCAGCCACAGAAGAUUUGCCCUAAAGUCCUGCAACAUUGUCUUGCUGAUAUUCGGACUGCUGAGUAUUCUCUUGAUCUCCCUGCAGUUCAGUUCAGUGAUGCCCACGGAGGAGGAGGAGGAGGAGGCCCCCAGCAUCACAGAGUUCCAUUCCUCUACCCACGUGUUGCCCGUGGGCCAAACGGCCCGCUACACCUGCCACGCCGGCGGCACACCGGAGCCCACAGUAGAGUGGCUCCACAACGGCAGGCCCCUGGAGAGGAACAGCACAGUCAACCAAUCAGAGGCCUGGGUGGAGAGGGGGUUCCUCUUCGUCAGAGGUGGGAGGUACGGCGUGAACACGGUCUGCUGCAUGGCGAGCAACAGCGCUGGCACGGCCAAUCACAGCGCUGAGCUGCUUGUCUUUGAUGCCUGUGAACUCACACUGGACCCCAACACGGCCCACAGACAACUCUCUCUGUCUGAGGACAACAGGAAGGUGAGGCGGGUUGGAGAGGACCAGUCGUAUCCAAAUCACCCAGACAGAUUUGACUCCUGGCCCCAGGUGUUGGGUAGAGAGGCUCUGACUGGCCGCUGUUACUGGGAGGUAGAGUGGGAAGGAGGGGUUGAGAUAGGAGUGACAUACAGAGGAAUAACAAGGAGAGGAGGGGGUGGUGACAGCAGGCUUGGACUGAACAACAAGUCCUGGAGUCUUUAUUGUUAUGAUGAUGGUCGUUACUCUGCCCGGUACAACGGUACAGAGACAGACCUCCCUCUCCGCCCCGCUGGCUCCACCAGAGUAGGAGUGUAUCUGGACCGGCCUGCUGGCUCUCUGUCCUUCUACAGAGUGUCCCCAGGUGGAGGAGGGUCCUCAGACACACUGACACACCUCCACACCUUCUGCUCCUCCUUCACCCAGGAGGACCUCCUCCUGGGGGUGAGGGUAGGGUGGGGGUGGGGGUCCUCAGCCUCUCUGUGUCGGUUGUAGAAAAUAAAAACGGGCGCGGGUCCCCGGGGCCGCAGUGAUCCCUCAGAUGUAGCGGGGGGCAGACUCAGUGUCGUAAAAAAAAAAAGUGCAGCCCCCUCCGCCCCGGCGCACACACAAACACACACGCACAGGCACGCACACACACACCUACACAUACACACACAGAAAAAAAAAACAUACGCACACACACAUAGUCUCUCUCUCUCUCCAGUUUUGGUCUUAUAU